AUGGAAGAUGAGGCCACUCCCGAUGGACGCACAAAAGAUGAUUUUCACGUCAUCGAAGAAGGAGGAAUCAACAAUGGAGAGGAUGAUGGCAGUUCGGGUUCUUCCUCUGAUUCUGAAGAGGACGAUAAUGGAAGCGACAGCGAUUCUUCAUCUUCCUCAUCUUCCUCAUCCACGAAUACCUCGGACGACGAGUCUUCUUCCUCCUCCUCCUCUUCCUCCUCCUCUUCUUCAUCCUCAGACUCAGACGAUGACGAUUCAUCCACCGCGGAAGAUGGAGGUGGCGACGAUGGAGGCGAAGGCAAUCCCUAUGCCAUGUCUGACCUCCUGCCCUCGUCCAUGCCCGUCAAGGUGUACCCCAGCCUCAACGGCCGCGACGCCACCGUGGCCCAGCUCGAGACCCGCACGGCGCGCAUGAACUGGGCCGCCCAGCUCAACGAGACCGACAGCCCUCGCGCGCCGCCGGCCGCCGCCACGCAGGCUGACCCCGCCACAGCCCCCAUCGGCAGCGGCUUUCCCAUGAACUGGAACGAGAAGUUUCAGGCCAUCCUGGACAAGGCCGAGAACACAGCGGAGGCGCGGCUGUGCAAGUACCGCGAGCUCUCCGCCCUGGCUCACGACUUUGUGCACGCCUCCAAGACCUACGGCAAGAUCAUUGUCCAGGAGAGCUUCCUCCCGCGCGCCUACAAGACGAUCAAGCCCGCCGACCACUUGGGCGGGCAAGCCGGCGGAGAAAAGUACAUCUACCACGGCAUCAUCUUCAAGUUCGCCACCGACUGGAAGGGUCUGUACCGCGGCGACCAAUAUGCCGCCAAGUCUGCCGGUCACGAGUUGAAGAGUCUCAUGCGAUUUUAUGGCCUGGUGCCGGGGCUGCGCAUUCCGCUCAUGUCGCUCAUCGACUAUCGCGGCUUCCGUCUGGUGGCCAUGAGCAUCCUUCCCAUCGAGAACGACACAUUGGUCUAUGGUUCCAACGACUACGGGCAGCAUGUGUGGGCCAUGAACGAACGUUUCAACAAGAUCAUGGCUGUCGCUGGCCGCAAACUGAAACUCAAGGGGCACGUGGCCGGCUUCCCUGAAGAAGCGUACAAACAAGAGUUUAUUUAUGGUCCUGCCGACAUUGAGGGGCACAUCGGCAAGGACGGGCGUAACUACGUCAUCGAUCUGGCGCGCGUGUGCCCGCCCGUGGCCAAGCACGUGACCUACACAGUGACCGACCGGGAGUACACCGAGGUCAUGAUGGCCGGCGUGAACACCUCCGGCAGCUGCAAAAAGGCCAAGAAGGCGCGGCGGAAGGACUUCAAGCCUCCACCACCGCUGCCCGUCCACCUCUACCGCCUCUUCCGUCCCGAAUUCCUCGCCAGCUACGGACGCCCGCUGUCUUCCGAUGCGUUCAGCGGCUUCGGCGGCCACGACUCGGCGAUCCACAACCGCGAAAUCGAAGAAGCCACGAUCCAUCUGGAAAGCGUGGUCGUCACCAAGUUUUCGGCCUGGCUGGAGGACAACGAGCCCGGCACCACCUCCGACGAUCACUCCCUCAGUCAGCUCAUGCACCGCAACGGCAUCAACGUUCGUUAUCUGGGUGUGCUGUAUCACCUCGCGAAGCGCUCCAUGGUGAAGAAAGCCAUCUUCAGAGAGAUAUGUGUCCGCGUGAUCAAGAAUGCGCUGCGUGAGCGGCUGCGACAAAAAAUGCGAACACUCGGGGCCACGAUAGCCGAGGAACCCUAUCGGGUGCUGGUGAUGGAGUUCUUGAACAUGGUGCUCGGCCGAGUCGAAGGCCCGCCCAGCAAGGAGGAGACUUCGGCCCACUUCUGGCACGUUGAGCUCAAGCAGUCCAUUCUCAAGGACUUCAUGUGGUUGGAGGGCAGGUCCUACGCAGCUAAGCACGUGCCGACCGCCGCGGCCGCGAGCGAGGGAGACGACCCCACGGUGCUGUUCCUGAUGCUCCUGCAGCACGCGCGCGAGGUGUGCCAGCUGUUCGGGCGAAUGAAGCAGCUCUGCGGCUUCGAUAUCACCGAGCGCGCCCAGACCGAGCUCCACCGCAAGGGUGCCGCCUUCGAGUUGGUCUACCCGGAUAUCAAGAAGGUGAGCGUGCGGGUGCGCAACAUGAACAUGAUCCUCCUCGCCGAGGCAUCGACUCUGCACCUUCAGUCUGUACAGCAGUGGUCCAGGGAGCAGGGCGGCUCGAUGCAAAUCGAAGUGAAGAUGGGCGUGGGAAGCUUCAUCAAGGACCCCAAGGGCCGAUAUACUGGGGGCAAGGCCGAGAGGCUCUUCCAGCUGGCCAUGACCAAAUACGAAAAGGCGAUCGAAGCCACGCCGGACAACGUCGAGAUCAUGAAGCGUUACGGAGACGCCCUCAUCACCCAGGCCCAGCUCACCGGACCCAACCUGGUGGCCCACGGCCUGUGCGAAAUGGCGCUGCGCAUGUACAGACUGGCCAUGGACGACUCGGCCGAGCAGGAGGGAGCACAGAGGGAAGCGAUCCAGCGCGAAAAGGAGGCCAAGGAGGUGCACGACGACAGUGCAGCCGCGGCCUCGGACAAGAACCGCCGGUUCUCGCGCUGCACGACUUCUGACCUCCUGCGAUCGCUCGACGAGGAGGACAAGCGCACGCGCGGCCUGGGCAACGAGGACGACGAGCAGACCGAAGCCGCCGCCGCCGCCCAGACCGAGCGGGACCAGAUCAAGGACGACGCGUGGAAGUACAAUGGCCUGAUCGAGCUCACGGCCUGGCUGGAGCGAACCAUGAGCGAGCGCCGGGCGAGUCGCUUCGGCAACCGUCAGCUGCGGCUCAAGUUCAUCGCCAUCCUGCGCGAGUGCUACGGGCUGCUCACCAAGACGGUGUGCAAGAACGACGAGAACGAGCACAUGGUGUGGCUCAAGUGGGGCCUCCUGCUGCUCGAGGAGGCCCGGCAGCUCAAGCGCAAGGAGGACUUCAUGAAGCUCGACUACACUGCCAAGCGCGACGCCGCGCAGGAGACCUCCACCUCCCUCUACGCCAAGAGCGGCAGCUACUUCCGACGCGCGCUUAUCGCCGCCCGCCGGCGCAAGUGGAAGAAGGAGAGCGAGCUGGCCCGGGCCAGGCGCAGCAUGAACUCCUCCUUUGGCCAUGCCGGCCCCGGGCGCGCCUCGGGCCAGCCCGCCAAGCGCGGGCUCUCGCUGGCGUUCGACCGGGGACGAAGGGGCAGCACCAGCAGCGCCGGCAGCGGCAGGGACUCGGAGGACGACGAGGACGACGAGCUGGCCGCCAUCCACCGCGCCUAUGGCCCGGUGCUUGGGUGGAUGGAAAACGGGCUCCUCCUGGACGACCACGAGCUCGCGCAGAUCAUGGAGCUCAAGCAGAAGAGCCCCACUCUCGAGGAGAUUCACUCCGAGUGGUGCGGUACACCGUUGACGGAUCGUGUGCUUUCGAUCCUGCUGCGAUUGGCCAAUGUCAAGACCCUGCAUCUGGUCAACUGCGACCGUAUCACGGACAUGCCGUUCACGUCGUCCAUGAUCCAAAAGCUGAAGACGCUCCAGCACAGCGGCGAACGUGAGCGCGUUGUCGAGACCCGACUCGCGGCCGAGGCCCAGCGACGCGGUUGCGUCACCGAGCGAACCCGUGCCGGCACCGAUGGCGAGCUGCGGCCGCGCAGCCUCAACCACGACCGAGGGCGCCGCACCACCGAGAUCAGCACGUCGGCGCCUUUGAUCGCCCACCUCAUCACCACCACCGGGGGUAGUACCGACGAUGAGAGCGAGCCCGCCAAGUCGCUGUCGGCCUCCAUGCGGCCCACGCGCACCGUGCGCAACAUAUUCAAGCACGACAAGCGGCCGUCGCUGGCCAGCGACGCCAAGCCCGCCAAGCCGUCGGCCGACGACGACCCAUCGAAGCCCAAGAGCCCGCGCGGUAACGAGACUCCGCGCACCGACAAGGGCGACUUCAAGGAGGCCCGCGAGGCCAACAAGAUCCGGCGCGAGGGCUCGGGCAAGAUCAUCCGCCGAUCCGACGAGCGGCAACAACACAAGGAACGAGCAGAGCAGCACGACGAGGCGGCCUCGCUGCUGCUGACCCCCACCACCGCGACGCAGAGGGAAGAGCGCAAGCGGCACCGCCGGAGUCGGAGCUUCAACGACCUCGGCGACAUCUCGCUGCUCCACAAGCUGCUGGCCGCGCGUGAGGGCGGGAGCCCCGCGGCCUCACCGCCGACGGGCAGCGAGACCGCCCGGCCGGCCCCGCGGUCGCCCACCCUGCGGCCCUCCAUCCCGCGCCUCACGCUGCCCAUGCUCGGCAGCAGCAGCAGCAGUAGCAGCAGCAGCGGCAACCAGCCCAAGCCCGAACCAGUCCCAGCCGCCGCGACGCCGUCAUCAGGGGAGCCCGCGGUGCCGAGCCCACGACAGAUGGGCGCCUGCCCGGCGCCCAUCACGGCCCUGCCGGCGCGGCUCAUUCCCAAGACCGUGUCAGGCACCUUCACCCCGGUGUCGACGUCGCCGCUGCUGCCGCGCAAGUCGAUGGACGUGAGCGCCGAGACGCGCAUCUCGUUCACGUUUGAGGACACUGCGCUCAGUUCGUCGUCGCCGCUCAUCGAGACGCGGUCGAACCGCGUCGGCCGUAAGCGCAGCACUACCAUGAGCGGACCCUCGCCGCCGCCCUCGCCAUCGCGCCGAAACAGCGACUCCACGCCCGUCCACAACAGCUUAGAUGCCGAGAAUCCACCACCGCUCGGCCGCUCGCCCUCUUUCGAGUUCAAGUUCGACGACCCCUCCACUGGAUUGCCGUCAUCUACGGCCUCGCUCACCAUUCUGCACAUCGAGAACUGCCCCAACAUCUCGGACGUGAUCAUUCGGGUGGAGGCUUGCACGGGCCUGCGCGUGCUCAACCUGACCAAGACGCAAAUCUUCUCGGAGCCCGUGGUGGUGGUCCAGCCGCAGCCCGGCCCCGUCUCCUACGCGUCGGCACGGCAUCUGCGAACGAAGCUGCCCUUCGGCCAGGACAAGAGCCCGUCGCUCGCGUCGCAGCCGUCGUCCCUCGCCGUCGCCCUGGCCCUCGCCUCCCCCGGCCCCGCCGCCGCCGGGUCGUCUGCCGUGUCAGCCUCGCCCCCGGCCUCGCCCAAGUCCCCGCGCGACGGCCUCUCGCCCAGCACGUCGCCCCCGCCGUCGCCCUCGUCGUCGCCCUCGCCCUCGGGCAUCGGCGGCCAGGUCGACCUGCAGCGCCCGACCAGCAGCCACAGCAGCGUGUCGUCGGCCAUCACGUCCAUGCUCUCGCCCCGCUUCGGCAACCGCGGCGGCGGCGGGGGUGGUGGAAGUGGUGGCGGGGCCGGCGACCGCGCGGCCCAGCAGCAGGCCACGUUCCUGCGGGGCACCGCGCUGCUCUCGUUCGCGCCCAACUUCGCGCACCUCACGGAGCUCAACCUGUCCUACAGCCACCACAUCGGCGACGAGAACAAGCUGCUGUUCAUCAACCUCGGCAAGAAGCUCAUCCACCUGCGCACCCUGGACCUCUCGUGGAGCCGCAUCACCGACAUCAACCUCAAGCACCUCCUGCGCUCGUGCCUGGGCGACGAGGGCUCCGGGUCGCGCGACAGCAUUGACAGCACACCGAGCGGCGGCGGCCUGCUGGGGCCCAGCCGCAGCAAGGAGGGCAGCGAGCUGAGCUCGACCUCGACCCCCUCCGCCGGCACCGGCGCCUCAGUCUCCGCCUCGUCGUCGUCGUCGUCGUUGGGCCUCCUUGUGCGGGCCGAGGGCUCAGUUGGCGACGAGAGCGACGGCGGCCAGGCCGACUCGGAGGACAGCGAGGACAGCAAGGACAGCAAUAACAGCAGCUCGCUCAACCGAAGCAAGAUCCGCAAGCGCGUGCGGGCCAAGCUCAAGACCAGCAACGGCGACUACUACGGCAAGCAGCAGUCGCUGGUUGGGGCUGCUGACCUGCGCGGCGAGUCGCUGGUCGAGCGCGAGCGGCGGGGCAGCAAGGAGUCGAUCGACCGCGGCACCGCGCGGGAGGGCAGCCUCACGUACCUCAACCUCACGCGCUGCCUGCGGCUCACCGAGAAGGCCAUCAAGCACAUCACCAAGCGCGGCGUCAGCCUCCAGACCCUCGUGCUCAGCGGCGCCAGCGACUGCGUCACCGACCGGUCGCUGGAGUGGAUCGGGGACUCGCUGUCGAAUCUGACCAAGCUCGACAUCAGCAACUGCCACGAGGUGUCGACGGUGGCGCCGCUGAUCAUCAACCGGCGGCGCAGCGUGGUGGUGGACGGCGUGGGCCGCGACGUGUCGAAGAAGGAGAACGAGCGCAAGCGGGGCCUCAAGAAGCAGGAGCGGAAGGAGGAGAAGGAGCGCGAGAAGGAGGAGAAGCGCGAAAAGAAGCGCGAGAAGGAGGAGGAGAAGGAGGAGAAGAAGCGGAAGAAGCGCAUGUUCAUCAAGCGCCGCGCCGACAAGAAGCGCGACAACAACAGCAAGGAGAGUGGCAAGCCCGAGGGCGUGGAGCAACAACUGAUGAGCGACAACUCGACCGACAUCGACACCGUGCUCGAGCGCGAGGUGGUGCGGGUGAGCAUCGGCAGCGGCGGCGGUGACGAGAAGGACGCGGAGAAGGUCAAGGAGAAGGUCAAAGAGGUGAAGAUCAAGGAAAAGGAAAAAGAGAAAGAGAAGGAGCGGGAAAAGGAGAGGGAAAAGGAGAGGGAGACGGUGGCGAUGCUCGAGGAGGCGUUGACGCCGUCGUUCGGCUGCCCGAAGCUGGUCGAUCUCAACCUCUUCGCCUGCAACAAGCUCACCGGGAAGGGCGAAGAAAUCGCACGAGUCGCCAAGUCCAGGUCGGGCCUGCAGUCGAUAUCGCUGUACCAGACCGACCACACGGACAAGGUCAUUCGUUCGUUCGCCAAGAACUGCCCCUCGCUCCGCUUCAUUCGAGUCUCCCAUUGCGAUGACAUCAGUGAUGUGGCGAUCAACGCGCUGGCGCUUAAUUGCACCGAGCUGGAGAGCUUCAUUCUGCUUUCGUGUCCCGCCGUCACGGCGUCGUCCAUCCACUCGCUGGCCGUGACCUGCACCGCGCUCAAGCAUCUGUGCCUCAACGCCAACAACAACAUCAACGACUACGUGCUCCAGACCAUCUGCUGGAACUGCCGGUCACUGGAGCAUCUGUCGUUGUGGAAGAACGAGCGAAUCAGCGACGAUGCGUUCGAUUUCACCGAGCGAGAGGAGGAGGAGAAGCAGAAGCGGCGGAUGGAGGAGAAGCGCGAGAAGGACCUCGAGCGUGAGAUCGCCGACCUGUCCCUGCAGCAGCAGCGCAAGGUCAAGAAGCAGCAGCAGCGAUCCGACGCCGCCAAGAAGCGAGUUGCGGCGGCGGCGGCGGACGACGACGAGGAAGAGAUGGGCGCGGAGAAGGACGGCGACGGUGCCGAGCUGCAGCUCGAGGACGCUGUGUCGGUCGAUCCCAAGGCCGUCGAGCGCAAGAACCGGCGCGCCUUGCGGAAGGAGAAGAGUCGGAUCAUGCUCGUGCGCAGCUCGUCCACGCUGCUCUACCAGAUCAUGCGCGAGGGCGCCAUCACUCUCCAGCACACCCAGCAGCAGCAGCAGCAGCAGCAACUAUCGGCGUCGUCGUCAACUUCACCGUCAUCACAGUCGCAGCAGGCGGACGAGUCGAAGGAGGUGGCGAAGAGUCCCUCGCACUCGCCCGUGUCGCCGAGGGCGAACAGCGGCAGCAAGGUGGUGAGCGGCAAGAGCAAGUCCGAGAACACGAGCCCCGGCAAGGGGACGAAGGUGGCGAUCAAGAAGAAGGACAAGAAGCGGCGCAAGGCCGGCAUCGCGGCGUCGGCCGGCAUGGUGGAGACGCGGACGCACUACCAGGACAACGAGUCGCCGCCGCGGCUCCGCCUGUCCUCCUUCUCGGCCGAGACCCUGCCCACCCUCCAGGUGGCCUCCUCGCCUGAGCCCGAAACGCCCAUGCCCUCCGUCGCCUCCACGCCGACCGCCGCGGCCGCCGUACGACCAGUCCUGCCCCCGGCCCUCUACAACCUCAAGAGCCUCUGCCUCAAGAACUGUCCUAAGAUCACGGACCGGACGCUGGACAUGCUGUGGCAGCGAUGCCCCCACUUGCAGCGGCUGAACGUGACGCACUGCCCGCUCCUGUCCAACCAGAAGCUGAUGUGGCUGCAGGAGGUCUACGUCCACAUCGACAUCGUGUGCAACGACCGCAGUCAGCUCAAGGGCGUGCGAGGCAGCGGCGGUCCCUGGAACUUCCAGGGCUUCUCCUACUAG